AUGUCAAGCGCCAAAGCCACCAAGAAGAGCGCAUUCUCCUGCGAGCCCUGUCGCCGUCGCAAGGUCAGUCUCUCACUUCAAUCGUUUGCAUUUUGCUCUCUGCCAGCUAUUGCCAACCCGCCGCCUCAACCUCCGAAUCCGCCGCCCGCCCGCCACACCCGCAACCAAGAAUCAACGCAAAUAGCUGACCAAGGCUUUAUUUUCCUUGACCGCGCAACAGGUAAAAUGUGGUGUAACCCCACGCUCUCGUAUACGCAACGCCUUGAGAAGCGCAUCAAGGAACUCGAGGAGCAGCUUGCUUCCUCAUCUCGGUCACCUCCUUCCAUCACCGCAUCGGCCCAUUCCAGUCCUUCCACCGCCAGCACCGGUUUGAACGAUGGCCGGUCACCUCCCAAAUCCCAUCCCGACGAGCAUUCAUUUAGUCGCAGCUUUAGCGGACUCAGGGUUGACGACAAAGGCCGCAUAACGUUUGGAAACGGCGCCUGCGCUAAUGAGCGACCGACAAACCCCAAUUCCAGCGGCGUCUACACAUCUGCCGAACUCGACCAGUCGAUACGAGAGAGGCUUGUCGCCAACGCCAUGCAGCAGCGCGCCCUCGAGAACUUUUCAGGAACACCAGAGCCGUUUCAAUACUUACUCAACGUCCAUUGGUGCUGGAUUCAACCACUGUUCAUGUUCAUUUAUAGACCAGCCUUCACUCGCGAUAUGCAGAAUAUGGGCCAAUACUACUCCCAUAUGCUCCUCAAUGCCCUCAUGUCACACUCCGUCAACUGGGGGAGAAACGACCCGACUACGCGGCACCUCCUAGACGAGCACUACGGUGGCGGACAGAUCUUUGGAAAGCAUGCUAGGAGCAUGCUCUUCGAAGACAUGAAGCAAGGUGCUUGUACGAUCCCCAUGGUACAGACAUUGCUGCUCCUCAGCGCCGAGGAAUGCGCCUUCGGCAACACGAUCCAGGCCUGGACGUACAGUGGUCUGGCGUUUCGUUUGAUGGACAAAAUAGGCGUUUGCUUUGACGGCCAACGGUAUCACGGCGCUGUUCCGCUCAAUGACGAAGACGUUGAAAUACGUCGUAGAAUAUUUUGGAGUAGCUUUUUCUGGGACAAGAUGUUGAGUUUGUACAUGGGUCGAAUGCCAACCCUGCAUCUCACACCUGCCUCACCACCACUGGUCAUGUGUACGUACCUCGGAACGAUGCUCGUCUUCUUUUGUCCUGCCCACUCAAAGGCGCUAACACGGGGUGCAGACGAUGAUUCGGCCGAAAACGAGCCAUGGGAGCCUUUUGGCAUGCCGCCCGAUGGCAGAACAUGGAAUUAUCCACCCUCCACGGCCCACUCGGCCACCUGCUUCAUCGCCAUGAUUCGACUCUCGCUCAUCUUCAACGAAAUCUUGCUCCACAUGUACGAUCCCGUCAUCCCGAAUACCGAGAACGAAAUGAUCGAAUGCGUGACGAUCCAAGGCCCGGCGCUGGAUAAGUGGUGGGAUGAUUUCCCCCCAUACCUCAAGAUGGAGGCUACCAAUCUCCCAGCUAUUGGCCCACCAACACAUCUCUUCACCUCGAAGAUACUGUUGUACAGGCCAAUGCUCACGCGCCAGUACGAGACAGGCAUCGAUGGCCAGCUGCCGUGGAGCACGUAUCUUGUCAACUGCGUAACAUCGGCGACGGCGACGAUUGCUAUUUUCGAUCUCUUUGCGAGGACGUACAGUAUCAAAUACUGCGCCUUGUCGAUAUCGUAUAGCAUGUAUAUUGCCGCCUCUGUGUUUUUGCUGCAGGUGAGGGCCAUGCCAAGCGACUUCCAGGCCAUCAGGCGCCUGGACUAUUGCCUCCACAUGCUGCACAGAGUCAUGGUGUUCAAUCCGAUUAUCGGUCGCUCCACGGAUUUCAUUUUGAAACAGCUCGUGGGUAUCGGUAUUUCGUUCGACGUGGCUGCCGGCUGCCUUGUAGAAACCGUAUCGCGUCGCCCGCUCGCCCCUCAAAAUACACAGCUUUAUCAGCGCCCGCUCGAGUCGACCACAGAGCUUGCUGCGCAGUCCUCGACGCACGCCUUGUUUUACUCGACGAUCGGCGACGACUUCGGAACCGGGGCUGUGCACCCAGACGUAUACCAUGCGAUGAUAGGCCUCGAGCCUGUGACAGUUCGCUUUUGUACGCUGGACGAUUGA